GGAGAGGGAGAGGAAAACCUAAAGAGAAACAACUACCUGACUGAAAUCAGACACCACAGAAGAAGAGUUUGUGACACCUUCCUGGAGGAUCUUUAAUUAUUAGUUUAAAGUUUUUAAAGGUGCUUUUGGAGAUGGAGAGCAAACGAGCCGUGGUCUAUCUGUCCGUCUGUCUGUCUGUGCUGACAUCACUCUGUCAAGGCCAAAGGUCAGGCAACAGCCACCUGCUGUCUGCGCCCGAUGACCCAACCCUCGGACUCACAACCAGUGAGCUGGCUGAAGCUCUGCAGGGUCUUCUGGAUGAAGCUGACAGCUCAGCCGGUCUCUCUGUGGAGAAAAAAGCCAGCGUGAUCCCGCGGUGUGAUGUGGGUGAGCGGUGUGCGAUGAAACACGGACCUCGGAUUGGUCGGCUCUGCGACUGUCUGAGAGGAACAGCCUGCAACACCUUCUUCCUGCGCUGCUACUGACCACUCGCACACAUUUUCCUCAUGAGGACCUAAACUCGGUCUGGGCGCUCACACAUACAGUGCUCAGAAAGACAGAAGUGCACUCUCUCACCAAUCGUCUCGCUGCAUAUUUUAGUCUUUGUUUUAAAGUUUUUGGUGUUUGUCCUUCAGAUUAAUUUAUUUUUGUUAAUAAAGAUUCUUCAUAAAG